AUGAAAGUUUCACGGUUUUGCUUUGUAGUUUAUCUCCAGCUCUUGUUCCUGUUUGUGGAUUUGUUCAUCAAUUCCUUUGGAGAACUCUUCCGUACGGCUGAUGUCGUUCUCCUCGUGUUGUACAUGUAAGUAAUUUAAAUCCAGUGCCUUUGAAUUUUUUUUGUCCUUGGGUGUUAACGCGCGGGCAUUUCCGAUGAGGAACGUGUUUUCACUCUCGGGUCGAUAAUCGUUCUUAAGUGAUUAGAAUCGUCACUUUUGUCUGAAAGAAGUCAAAAGAUCGCCUGGUUUAUUCUUGAGCUCGUGUGGUUGCCAUUCAAACCACAACGAUUUGCUAAGCACGCCGAUGUUUGACUUGUUAGGAUAACAGCGCCAACUUUGAAAUCUUUAUCAUGAUCAAUUCUUCGCACGCGUAUUGAUUUCAUUAUCUUUUUACAGUAUUCAUUCGUAAGUAUUCCCUUCUUUAUUUUAGGUUUUCCCUCCAUAUCUUGUCGAACUGACAGGAUGAUUAAUGUAGGAAAAUAUAUGAAAAUUUCAACUUUUUUUAAAUAUUCCUCAUACAGCUGUAGAUACAUUAUAUUGCAGUUCAGAGAGAGGUAAUUUACAAUUAUCCCAGCUGGCGACGAUUCCUCGGCACACGUCUUUGCUUUUAUACCUUUCCUCGAUUUGUUUUCUUUAAGUGAAUGCUAUUCUCUAUGCUUAAAUAAAAGGAUUAAACAGAUUUUCCUGACCAGAACGUGCAAAAAUUUAUACAUCCCCUAAAUUCUAAUCUUUGUUUAAUUCUUUUUUGGCAUACAAACAAAAGAUAAAUUUCACUACUCUGUAUACACAUGUAUCAGUAACUUGCUGGCCUUGUCUAUCCCAAUUUACGCAGCAAAUUGGCUUUCCUUGCAAAUAUGCAAUCUUCUUCAACUUUAAAGGAUGACAGCAUUUAUUCUUUUAAAAUCAAUAUUAUUUUUUGAGCUGUAGGUGUACAGGUUCCUAAUCGAAUACUGGUAAAAAGGCUACAAUAUUAUAGUCAACUCUGGCUAAGACAGAUUCUGUUGGGACCAGCAAGAAGUGUUACAUGGAAGGAAAAACGAACAAAACCAUGUCUUUUAAAGUAUUAAUUGGCAUUUAUUCAUUCUGGUUUGACUUUGAAAGCAUGCACAGAUUUUACUUUGUAAAUCCCUUAGGAUUAAGCCUCAUCAUAAGGUUUUUCCUAAGUCUCCAUUUAUGGCCUUAUAUAGUGAAGAUUUUCAUGGUGAUAAUCCCUUUAGCCUUAGACAAUUUUGUUUUGCUGUUUUUGUUCUGUUCAUUAACAAUUGUAUUAGAAUAAAGUAAUCUUUUGAAUUAGACAAUUUAAUGCUACAUGAAUGUAAUUUCACGACUUGAACAUCCAUACCCUGCAUUUCUCUGUUGGAGUAUUUGAUGCCACAAUGCAUCUAAGCUGAUUAUAUGGCUUUAGCUUAAGCACCUAAAUUUGUUCUGGGAUCAGGUAUUCCAUCAGGUAUUGGGAGUCACAAAAUCUAAAAUACAGCGAUCAGGUUUUGAUCUCCCAGAGUUUGCAUACAGUGUACUAUAGUACGGUCUACUAGUUAUCUUCAUUACUCUAUAAAAAUCUAAAUUGCCUACAUACAGCUGUAAGCAGCCUUUGCCUACAUUUUAGAUCCUACAUGUAGGUUUCAACCUUCCUUUCACGUUUCUUUGUCUAGAUCUCCAUCCAAACAGGCAGUCCUUUAUCUUCUUUGUUGCAUAGAUAUUUGUACUCAGACUGUUCAAUAUGACCGUUGCAGUAUUUUGGAGCACACAUUAUAAUUUUGUAAAUCAAGGGAUAUUGUCACUGAUAAAAUUACAGCAGGUUAUCUUUUUUUCAUAUUAAAUUUUGAUAUACCAAAAGUGAAAAUUUUUAUACUUUAUUGUUAUGUAAGUCUUGAUUAAAAAAGUUCCAGUCUAAAAAUUCUUAUUAUUUUUUGUUUGUCACAGUUCUAAAACUGGUUAUUAUCAGCAAGUUUAAUCAAAGCUGCCCUGCAACAUAUCUGUAUUCAUAAUUAAGCAGCUUCACAUAAUUUUACAGUGUGCACUGCAUGUAUAUAGCUGCAAGAUUAAUCAUCCAUAAAAGCUGCACCUGCUGGAAGCCCUUGAUCAUCAUAUUUCAUUACCAGCUGUUUGAGUUUUUGAUUUGUUACAAUGCACACAGUAUGUAAAUCAUCUCCCCCCUAAAUUCUGUGAAAAAAAAAAAAAAUUACGUUGUUCCUGUACAUGGUGGUAUGUACUGUGGCUCUUGAGUACAUUGUAACUUUCUAAUUGUUUUGAUAACUUUAAGUUUCUUUCCUUUACCAAAUGAAUGUAAAGUUUUAAUUAUUAAGUGCGACACCCAUGGCAUUCAUACAGCCAGUUUAAAUGAUGACACAUUGCUGAAAGCUCUUGUUGAUCAUUCUUUUGCAUGUACUUGCAAGAGAAUGUUCACCGUUUUUUGUUUUCCCGUUUUUUAUUGAUGAUAUUUCUAAAUUUCUUUGUUGACAGAAUACAAGACCUGUGCAUUAUCUUUGCUAUCAUUGUGGUAUUUCUGGUGUUUUUUAACACCUACAUAUUUCAAGCUGGAUUGGUGUCUCUUCUAAUAAGGAAGUUCAAGACCACCAUAAUAAUCUCAAUAUUAUACUUAGCACUAUCAGUAGGACUUCAUGUAUGGACAAUGGUAAGUGCCCCCUGAUCUGGGUUUGAAUUAAAUGAAAAAAUAACAUACAAGUUUUUACCAAUUAUGUUCUAAAACAUACAUAUACAAAUUUUGUAUAUGUGUGAAAUAUAGGCUUGCAAUUCUUUUGUAAUAAUAUGCCUGUUUCAGGCUCCAAGAGAGCGAGGAAAGCAGAUCGAGAAAAGUCUCGGAAAAACAACGUGGGGGCUGGGGAGAGAUGGAGUAUUGGAGCCUGUAAGGCUGUAAGCAUUGUUUUUAAUACCUCAUUCUGGUAUACCAACCUCCUGGUAUACCCUAUGAUUGGUCAAUUGUGACAGUUUACUUAAACACUAAUCAUUAAUCAUUUGGUUUUGCGCACACAGAGUCUAACAAACAUUUUGAGCAUAUGAAACCCUCCUUUACUGCACCUGUGACAUUUUGAAAUGGUCACAGGAAGUGGGUUUGGAAGUUGGCGGAUUGAGGCAUUUGAAAAGAUGCUUACCGGCUCUUAAGUUCUCUCUUCCCACCAUUUUUUGCUCAUUCGCUAUUUCACUGCUUGCUCACUUUUUCACUCGUCUGCCCUGACAGAGAGACUGGCACAGGCUAUUUGUAUUCAAAGUUUCAAACAAAAAAUGCUCAAUUUUUACACAUCACUGAAUUUGGAACAUACAGUAAAUAAAGUUUUAAUAAUUCAAUAGUUUUUAUCAUCAUCAAUGAAUAACUGGUAAAUGGUUGUUUGUUACCUCAAGACUCCUGCUUUAUUUUUCAGCCUUGAUUUUCAUGCAUUUACAAUGUACAUGUACUUGUUCAAUAAAUUAUUUUCAUUUUAGACAUUAAAGUGGGGUGCACCUCGGAGGUUUAUCUGGAGUGAAGCAUUUCAAACCCUUUUUGUUUUUCAAAGAGUUGGUGAGUGAAAUUUGUUGUACUGUAAUUUAUAAUACAUAGUUUUCUUGUUUUAUUUGAGUCGUCACCGAACAAAAAUGCUUUCAGUGGUGCUCAAAGGUAUUAUUUUUGUGUGGAGGGGACUAUUCUUUGUGUGAAAAUGUAAUUCUUCUGUACUCAAAGCUCAACAUUUUUCAGAGUUGCCUUUUGGCAAACUAAAAUGAAAACCUGAAAAAGAGAAUUUGGUGGUAAGAAUUAAAAAACACUAUGUGCAAUAGUACAUCAAUGGUAUUAAAAAUGGUGCCCAUAUCACAAUAAUAAUGAAUUUGAAGAGAGACAAACAACCAGGGUAAGAGAGACAAAUUUAUAAAGAAAAUGGAGCAAUAUUGCAUAGUAUUUUGUGCAGAUAUCUCUCUAGCCAGUUCUCACUUGUAUGACUUUUACUCUUUUAGGAGCCGUGUUGUAUUACUACUUCUACAAAAGAACAGCCCUACGAUUAGGUGAUCCAAGGUUCUACAAGGACUCUCAAUGGCUGCGCGAGGAAUUUGCAAGGACUCAUUGA